AUCAUCAUCUACAUCUUUUCUAUCAUUGCGGAAAAAUCCCAUUUCUUAUAUUCCGAAAAGAUUUUGUAGGAUAAUAUUUGAAUGAUGAUAUUUUAGUCUUCUGGAGCAGACAGUGAUUGACGCCUUCUGCCGACUUGGAUCCAGUGAAUGUAAGGCUAAUUACAAGAAACUUUUUGAUGAAGAAGUUGUAGCAAAAUGUCAGAAAAACGGCGCAAAGCCCAGUCAAUGUGCUAGUGUUGCCGCUCCUCUCCGGGCCAAAACCUACUGUUAUGGAGUUGAACAAGGAGGUGAUGCUGCUUUCAAAAAGGUAAUGGAACUCUACAUGGCAGAAAGCGUGCAAUUGGAGAAAGACAGUUUGCGUGAUGCUUUAGGAUGCCAUAAGGAUAUAACUGCACUAAAAGAGUAUCCUAUCCUACUUAUACUCACAAAAAAAUGGUAG